AUGAAGUUGUUGGGGUUUCCUGAGAAGUUUGUCAGAGGGAUAAUGCAGUGUAUAACUAUAGUAGCCUAUACUGUAGUAAUCAAUGGACAACCAACAAAACCUUUUGAGGCAAAGAAGGGACUUAGGCAAGGUGACCCUUUGUCACCAGUCCUGUUUGUGAUGGCAAUAGAGGGAGACAUAAAAUCAAUACAGACAUUACACCAACAAUUCAAAAUCUUUUCUGGAGCAUCAGGGCUAAUAGCAAAUCCAAAUAAGAGCUGCAUAUACUUUGGUGGUAUGGAUAUCUUGACUCAAAGGAAAAUCAUGGACAUGUUGGAAUAUACUAAGGGAGAACUACCCUUAAGGUAUUUAGGGGUACCACUGAGCACCAAAAAGCUAUCAAUAAUCCAAUGUGAGCCUCUAAUUGAUAGAAUGCUGAGUAGAAUACAAUGCUGGACAACAAAAUUUCUAUCCUAUGCUGGAAGAGAAAUGAUAAUCAAGAGUGUAUUGGUUGCAAUCCAAAACUUUUGGGCUCAGAUUUUCAUCCUCCGUAAGAAGAUCAUACAAUUCAUCAACACUAUAUGCAGAAGAUUCUUGUGGUCAGGCAAUGCAGAACCUACAAAGAAGGAACUAAUUGCAUGGCAAAAACUAUGUUGUCCAAAGGUAGCAGGGGGUUUAAACUUCAUCAAUGUGGAGCUAUGGAAUAAAGGAAAAUCAGUAUGGGACACAACACCAAAGAAUGCAUCAUGGGUCAUACAACAGAUCUUCAAGGCAAGGAAGUAUUUUGACAUUGCUGGAUAUACAGAAGAGGAAGUGAAGAAGAUGGAAAAUUUCUCUAUAAAGCACAUGUACAAAGCUAUGCAAGGGGAAUUUCAGAAAGUACCAUGGAGGAGAUUAAUAUGCAACAAUUAUGGAUUAGCAAAGUGGAAGUUCAUGUUAAGAUUGGCAAUACAGGAAAGACUAGCAACAAAAGAAAGGCUAGCAAGAUGGGGGAUACAGAUUGAUACCACAUGCUCACUAUGUCAAAGAGAAUCUGAAACUGUGCAGCAUCUAUAUUUUGAAUGUGAGGUGACAACAACCAUAUGGAAACAACUCUUAACAUGGCAAGGAAUUCAAAGAACAAAGUUAGGAUGGGAGGAAGAACUGGCAUGGAUGGAAAGAAGAACUAAAGGUAGAAGUGGAGGAGCAGAAUUAUGCAGAAUGUCCUUAGCAGUAGCAAUUUAUCAUAUUUGGCAAGAGAGGAAUAACGCUAUAUUCCAGCAGAAGAAUAGACCAGCUAAUGCCAUAGUUAGAUCAAUCAUCCAGGAAAUUCAUGUUAGAGCUACCAUGUUCCCUAGGCUAGUAAGGACGAUGAGCAAUUUGAAUUGGUACCCUGAUGAAAUGUAA